AUGCUUCUUGAGUCGCAGGGAGCAUUCCUCCUUAGACGCUUGCGCUCAUCCUUUUUCAUUCAUCCGAAUCCGUUGCGAAAGGCUUGGGAAAAGAGCGCACGAGCAGGAGGAAAGGACGGGGAACCGAAACACCAGACUGCUUUGGAAAAGAAUCCAGACGAGGAGGGGGAGAGGGAAGCGAAGCACCCAGGCGAGGAGGACAAGCAGGGGGCUAAGAGGGACGAGAAGGAGCGUGCCGAGGGUCAAGACGCACACAGCCAAUCCGGGCCGAGGAAGCAACACGAAUGGAUUUAUUCUGUCGGACUUCCCAGCGUCCCUUCCCCCAGCAGCAGCGAUCUCAAACGCCUACCUCCCGCACUGCUGUCCCUUGCUGUGGCCGCCGCUGCUGCUGCAUGUGCCGCUGCUCUCCUCCUGCUGCACUCUCGUUUCUCCCAAACAGCAGCAAUACGUGCAGGGAGGCGUGUAGAGGAGGAGGAAAGGAAGCGUGCAGAGGGGCAGGCAGGGAGGCGUGCAUACGAGGCAGGGGAACGUGCAGAGAAGCGAGCAGACACACAGGAAGGCACAUUAAUGGAGAUGGGGGUGAUGGCAGACGAUGCUGCACGGGAUGAGGGGUUAGCAGGGGGCACGGUAGAGAAAGAGACAGAGGGUUCUGUAGGCAAGGUAACUGACAGGAGGAGGGUGGACGAGAGAGCAGAGGAGGGGAAGGAUGGGCAGGAAGUUUGGACGGAUGGUGUAAGGGAGCGUGGUGGGGAGAGUGGUGGGGAGGGCGUUGGGGGGGAGGGCGGUGGUGGGGAGAGCAGUUUGGGGGAGAGGGAGAAUGACGCUGUGUGUGUCGCUGGAGAGGGGAGCGAUGAGCAGUGCACAGAGGGAAGUGCCGAGCAGAUGGAGGGAAUGGAGGGGAGUGAAAGGAGUGAGCCAGAUGGGCAAGAGUGGCUUGUCCCGGCUGUGGCUGGAGGGGCGGAGAGCAGGGAACAGGUGGGGGAACGGCAAGGGGGAGGGGAAAGGAGUGGAGGGGCGGAGGGAGGAGGCGAGAGUGGGGUUUGGAGAGUAGAGGGCAGAGAUGCAGAUGGGGGGAGUGGGGAUGCGAAGGAGAGAGGUGGUGAUGAUGGGGAUGAGAAAGAGGAUGACGGGAAGGGUGAGGGGAGGGAUAAGAGAGACUUACCAGAAGACUUGGAAGAAGAGGAACGUCUCAAGUUGCUGCAAGCUCAAGCCAUCAGUGAUUGGAGCAACCAGAUUGUGCUGCAGGGCUUUAACUGGGAGUCACACGGCCAACCCCAGGGCUGGUGGCAACACCUAGCCUCCCUUGCGCCCGCCAUUGCUGCUGCUGGCUUCACGGCUGUCUGGCUGCCCCCUGCCUCAUCGUCCCUCGCCCCUCAAGGCUACCUACCCAAGGACCUCUACCAUCUGGCAUCAGCAUAUGGCUCAGAGGCAGACCUGCGCGCUCUCAUUGCUGCUUUCAGGGACGCCCAGCCCCACACUGCCGCACCCCCAGCUGCUGCUGCUGAUCCUUCUACUGCUGCUAAUUUCGCUGCAGUUGCUCCUAGUGGUUCUGCUUCUGUCGCUGCUGCUGCUGCGUCACCCGCAACCGCUGCUACAGGUGCUGCAGCGGCCACUGACAUUAAGCCCGGCAGUGGAUUGGAUCAAGCAGCUGAGUGUGUGCCUGGUACCACUACUGAUGGCACUAAUACCUGCUGUGCUGACACUAAUGGUGCUGCCACGGGUGGUGCUGGUAACGCUGGGGGAGUGACUGCAGUGGGAGUGAGGGUGAUAGCGGACGUGGUGGUAAACCACCGAGUGGGAAGCCAGCAGGGGGAGGGUGGCCAGUGGACUCGCUUUGAUGGCACGUCUAUGCCAUGGGAUGAGACUGCUGUCACAUGUGACACUGGCGGCAAGGGCAACCCCAGCAGUGGAAGCGUGUUUGAGGGGGUAUCCAACAUCGACCACUCUCAGCAGUUUGUGCGCCGAGAUCUCACAGCAUGGCUGACGUGGCUGCAGACUGAUGUGGGCUUUUCGGGGUUCCGCUUUGACUAUGCCAAGGGGUAUAGCCCGGCCUAUGUGUGGGGGUAUGUGCAGGGGGCACGCCUGCGCCUGUGUGUGGGCGAGUACUGGGACACCUGUAACUACGUUGGGCCACAAUACGACCUUGACUACGACCAGGUGGUCAUGUCUCUGUCAUCCUUGUGCCUGAACCCCUCCCCCAGUUGUCACCUCCACCCGGCUCGUGUGCAGCCAGACUCGCACCGAGGGCGCAUAGUGGAGUGGAUUGAAGGGGCGGGCAGGCUGGCAGCAGCCUUUGACUUCACCACCAAGGCCAUUCUGCAGGAGGCAGUGAAAAGGAAGGAAUGGUGGCGGCUAAAGGACAAGGAAGGCCGCCCGCCAGGCGUGAUGGGCCUGCUGCCCUCGCAUGCCGUCACAUUUGUCGACAAUCAUGACACUGGCUCCACUCAGGCUCACUGGCCAUUCCCCUCUCAUGCCGUCAUCCAGGGCUAUGCGUACAUUCUCACACAUCCGGGCAUCCCAUCGGUGUUUUACGACCAUUUCUUCGACUGGGGCUCGGAUCUCAAGAACCAAAUCCAGCAACUGAUUGAUGCUCGGCGGAGGGCAGGCAUACAUAGCCGAUCUUCAAUUCAAAUACUGGCAGCAGAUGAUAGCAGAUAUGCCGCCAUCAUUGGAGGAAAUUUGUGUGUGAAAAUUGGAGAUGGGGAGUGGAGCCCUGACACUAGCGGAGUGGUAGAUUCAUGUGAUGUGGUUGAUGAUGGAAGGGUGGCGAGAGAUAAAACAAGUGGUUCCUUGUUGAGGAAAUGGAACUUGACUAGUUGCGGGGAGGGAUAUGCUCCAUCGCUCAUGGCUUCCGAAAUUCGUACCAUCCGCGUUAGUAUCCGUUGCACUCCGGUUACGCGUCGUUAUAUCGGGAUGGCGUGUUCUGUUUUCCUGCUGGCGCUCCUGGCAUCGGGAACUCCGCCAGUUGGCGCAUUCGAGCAUCCCACAGGCGACAGCUACACGUUCAGCGAUUUCCACUUGCAACGAGGAGCCUCCAACGGCUAUCAUCUACAAGAGCUUCGUCUGGGUGUCAACAGCGUGGAAGUUUCAGAACCAGUAGCAGCGGGGGACGGCGCUGCCUCUGUGUGCAUCGCUCGCACGCGCCUCCCCGCUCGGCCGCGCCUGAGGGGCGUGUCUCGCGGAUUUCACGUGCUGAGAGUCACGGCCACCAUCCCGGCUGCGGGAAUGCCACGUGGGGCUUUUUCCAGCGGACCCAAGUUUGAGUUCUGUGUGCACUGGAAUGCCUCGCAACCCCUUGGGGAGUGCCCAAGGGGGGCGUGGCGAGCAGCGGACAGGAAGGGGCGGUGGGUGGUUCUGCGGUCACCUUUCGAGGGCGCGUUCAUCGAUGUGAAACGAGAGGGCGGGGUCACUGGGGAUCACGACGUCAGCAUCAAAGUAGAUGAAGACCUGGAGCCUCACCGGGCGGUGUUCUUUGUCCUGGGGUUCCUGCUCAUGCUGCUGGCGGGUCAUCUGAGCUCCAUGGUGGCCUUCUAUUACGGAGGGGGGAUGACGCUGGGCGUGCUGCUGGUGGUCAUCGUCAUUCUCUAUCAGGUCAUGCGGUUGCUGCCCCUGGGUCGCAAGAGCAGCCUUCAGAUCCUCCUCUAUGGCUCGCUGAUGGGGUUCAUAGGGGUGAUCAUAACGUACGUCACAGGGGCGGUCAAGACUGUCAUGGAGCCUCUUGGCCUGGGUGAUGACGUCAUCUCUCCGGUGGUGGUGUUUGUGCUUGUACUGGUGGUGCUUAUAGGAGCGGCCCUGGGCUUCUGGGUGGUGCGGAAAUUCAUCCUCUCGCCCUCAGGGGAGCUCGACCCCCCAACAGUGUCAUUUGUUAAGUGGGGCCUCAGAAUAAUCGCAGCUACACUGCUGAUAAUGAGUUCAGCCGAUGCAAUCAUUGCCACGUCUCUCCUCUUCCUCUCUCUCUCCACCACCCUCCUCCUGCAUCUCCUCUCCCCACGCGCCCUCGCCCUCCUCUCCCCCACCUCCACCCCUUCUGGCACCCCCGCCACCUCCUUCCUGGCCCGUGCUUGUGCCCGUAAGAGCGAGCAAGCAGCAGAGCAGGAAGGGGAGAUGGGGGGAAUGGGGGGUGUGUUCUCUCCCCCCCAGCAAUACGGCACUCCCCCUCAGGGACCGAUGCAAGGAGUGGGGGGAGGGCAGGGGUAUGUGACUCCUUCAAGGGGGGUUGAAGGGUCGCCUUAUGCGCGCAUGGGAACGCCUUUCCAGGGACCACCAGGCACACCACGCACUCCUCUCCCCUCCUCCCCACUCGCCCGCACAGUCUGCCCCUCCUCGUUCCACCGCACUCCCCACCGCCGCCACCUCACCCCGGCACAGGCAGCAGCGAUCUCCCACGAGUGCACCCACGCUGCCCUGCAGGAGCUGGCUUAUUCCCCCGGGUUCGGGCAGUGGGUGCUGCAUAACUUUGACCGGAUAGCCAUCACUCCUAGGAUUCUGAGGGAGGAGCGGAGCGAGGGGGAGAUUGCUGCUACAGCUGAGAUGGAGGAGGGGUUUGAGGAAGAGGAGGGGUGA